AUGAUUGAUGAAUUGGAGAAGAAAGAACAGGCUUUAUCUCAAAGACUCGCGGAAUUAGAAGCCAGUGCAGCAGCGCACGAUCCUAGUACUGUGGAUACGACCAGCCCGGAUGAUCGACACACGAGAUCGAUAGCAGCAUCUUCACCUGCGACGAGAGAAGGCGCCAGUAUAAGCUUCAUUGCGCAUUUAUUUGCUGAUGCGAAUUGGAGAAAGUCUCAUGCGACUUUGCUGAGAACACUGGCGGAUGCCCCAGGUGCUGGUGAGGUCUCCAUAGCGCCAUGCUCGUUACCUUCCGCAGCUGAGACACAAAUGCUUUUCGAGAAAUAUCUGAGCUGGGCACAUAUACAGAACCCAUUCCUCCUUCGUAGAAGUAUCUGGGCCCUACAUCACCGUCUAUUCAGCAGUCCGAACACCUCUGGUCAAGUAACAAAUCAUGAUCUAUUCAGAGCUUUUAUGAUCUGUGCUAUUGGUGCCGUUCUACCUUAUCGGAACAGACUGCAUAAUCGACAUCCAGAAGCAUACUAUAACGCCGCGUUGCAAUAUCUUGGAACUGAGUUCCUGACAAGAGGCUUAGACUCUGUUCAAGAUCUGUUGUUAAUAUGUAGAUUUGGCAUCUAUCACCCGAUCGGUACAUCGAUCUGGGACGUAGUAAGACUCUGCGGUCGCCUCUGCAUAGAACUAGGCCUCCACUCCAACCCACACAUCCCCAACGACCUCCUCCAAACGCAACUCCGCCGCCGCAUAUUCUGGCAAUUCUACCUUAUAGAUCGCUACAGCUCUACAACUCUCGACCGUCCCUUUUUGAUCGACGACAAUGACAUAAGCACCAAAUUCCCAGUCGAAGCAAGCGACGAAGAACUUGAAGCAGCAAAUAGUCAAGUUCAGAGCCUUGAUUCGUUCAAUUUCAACCGCGAGCCGAAUGUUCAGAACGAGAUGACCGUAUUCUUCGUCUCUGUGCGACUCAGGCAGAUAUCUUCCCAUAUUCAGACGGAGUUUUCGAAACUAAGAAGGAAGAUCGUUGAGUCUUCGCCGAAACGUACUCUGGCGGGACAUGUACACGUUGUCAUGACUAAGUUACUCAAAGAGUUGCAAGAGUGGCGGAGUAGUACGCCUAUUAUUCAGGAGCCUAGUUGUCUUUAUGAGAUGCAGGAGUGGUAUGAUCAUCUCCUGGCUCGAGAACGACUCUCGGUGCUUCGAAGGGCUAUCGACCUUGUGCCAAAGGUUAACGGAUCACCCCCGAAGGAGAUCCUUACUGUUUUUCUGAGGUCUGCUUUAGAGACGAUUAAUCGGUAUCAUCAUCUCUGUCAGAAGAAAGAAAAGAUGAUAACGCAUACUCGAAGUUACUUCCACAUGCUAUUUACGGCGGGUCUAUCGGUAAUGUACUGCACGUCUGUGUCGAAGCAGAUCUCACCGGAAGAUCUGCGAGCGUCACAUGAGGGGCUACAACGGUGCCAAGAGCUAUUGAGGAGUGUCACUCUGCAACUUCCCGAUGCAAAAAACUACGUUGCAGUCUUCGAGGCGCUCCUUAGAGAUCAUUCGCAAAGGCUAUGGCCAAAUAUUAGGGAGCCGCCGAUGAGUCUCCCAGCAGAUGCAUCAAUCACGAUUCCGAAUGAGGUUGGGAACUUUACAGAAGGCGACUUUCCUCAGAAUCUGGUCGCAGGGCCUUUACCUGCUGAUAUGAGCGAUUUUACAGCCAACAGUCAAUUCUUUGAACAGGGUCUCAACCGUCCUGAUAUUCUGGGCCCUGUGAAUCAAUUCGAUUCAAUGCCAGAUGAGAACGACAUCGGCUCGGAGUAUCAAGAUGGAACAGGUAUCAACUGGGCAUUGCUAAACUACGAUUCACUCUGGAAUAUGGAAUCUGCCUUGGGUCAUUACGUCUAUGGCGAUCCUAGCAAUCCUGGUGUAUGGGAAGGUUUCGAUUUUUAG